UAAGGGACUAAGGGGGGGAAAAAAAACCGCGCUCGGUCUAGUUUUGUGCUUUGAGCUUGCGAAGUAGUGUAAUGUGAUAGGAAGGAGGAAACGCUAGCAAUGCUCGGAGGGACUCCUAUUUGAAUAUUAUCAGCAGGGAGAAGGAGGGGGAGAAGAGCCAGAGGAGACGACAGAUCACAGGCGAACUUCUGCUUCUCGAUGGUGCUCAUGACUGAUCUUCAGGCUGACGGGGACGAACUAAAGCCAGUCAGAGCGGCCAGUAAAAAGGAAAAGGCGAUUUUAAUCCAUUCAGAAAAUGAAAAUGGAACAGAAGAAAAGAAGAAAUCAGGAAAACCAGGCUUUGGGGUGCCACAAAUAUUUAAUGAAGCUGAUUGUUUUGAAGACCAGAAAAAAGUUGCAAUCGCACGGUCGAAGACAAUUGUGGAUAAUAGUUUCUUGAUGUUAGAUGGCAAGAGUGACUCAAAGGCUGAAAGGAAGAAGCAUACCUCAAACCAGUUUAAGGCAAAUGCUCAUUUUCACAAGCUGUUUCUGGAUGUCCCAAUUGAUGAACCCUUGAGACAAAAUUUCACCUGUGCCUUACAGAAAGAAAUUAUGUACCAAGGGAAGCUAUAUGUAACAAAGAACUGGAUUUGCUUCCAUUCCAAAGUCUUUGGCAAAGAUAUCAAGAUUACUAUACCUGUGUUAUCUGUAACACUAAUAAAGAAGACUAAAACUGCCCUUUUAGUGCCAAAUGCUCUCAUUAUAACUACAGUCUCGGAUAGGUACAUGUUCGUCUCUUUUCUGUCCAGAGACACUGUUUACAAACUGUUAAAAUCUGUUUGCAGUCAUCUAGAGGAUGCGAGUGUUGGCAACAGUCCUAAUCCUUCUCCCCUAGAAAGUAGUUUCAGAGCUGAUCGUCCUACAACAUUACCUCUGGAUUUCAAUCAUGAUUUCUCUGAACUGGAUGGCAUCAUACAGAGACGUAGACAGGAGAUGGAAGAAUCCAGCAGCACUGGUUCUCAAAGCCCAGAAUUGGAACACUUUCAAGAUUACCUUGAGACUGAUAAGCAGUCUCAUUUCAAGAGUUCCAAGACAGACACGAAAGAUGUCUAUAAAGAUGUACAGUCUAAAUGUAGGCAUGAUGAUCAAAUCAGGAAUGUUUCAGUUUCUUCAGGAAUCCUCGGAUCUUUCGAGAGAAUGAAUUUUCAAUUAUUUUUGUCGGUGACUCACGUACUCAUUGUUUAUGCAAUUCUUGUUUUUAUCCUCAUUUGUUCCACAUUCUAUAUGCGAUAUAAAGUUCAUCGUUUGGAAGAGCAACUUGUAUCCAUGGCUUCUACUGUGGAUCCACAUAUGAAUGAACAUCCAGUACAAGGUGGUUUGGGAUAUCACCAAAAAUUUAAUGUUGACGAUCUGUAUGCAGAGCUAACAGCUAAUCUUAUUAAACUGGAAAAGAUACAAAGCAAUUUACAGAAGCUACUUGAAGACAAUAAGUGAGCUGCCUGUUGCCUUUCGAUUACUUCAUUCGCACCUCAUUUUUUCUCUAGAUAAGCAACUCCGAAGAUGAUAUCAGGCUUAGCCAAUCAAGUAUGUGUACUUGAGCUCAGUUUAUAUUCAAAACUCUUGUGCAAUAGCACCUGUUUUCUCAGAGGACAAUCCAUUUCUUUGUCUACACAGUAUAUGAUGAAUAACUGAGAGGAUCCAUCUCAGGCCUUAUUAUUAUGAUCCUGACUAGCUCAAGUUUGACUCAACCUUCUAUCUUUGUGAGGUCCGUAAAAUGAGGACCCAGAUUGUUGGGGGCAAUAUGCUGACUGUAAACCGCUUAGAGAGGGCUGUAAAUCACUAUGAAGCGGUAUAUAAAUCUAAGUUCUACAUUUAGGCAGAAAUGUAGAAGAAAAACAAAAUGCAAAGGUACAGUAUAUGUGGUACCUCGCUCAAUAGUAGUAACUGUGAGCGGGAUCUUGGAGUCCUAGUGGACAAUCACUUAAAUAUGAUCCAGCAGUGUACUGCAGCUGCCAAAAAAGCCAACACAGUUCUAGGCUGCAUAAACAGAGGAAUAGAAUCAAGAUCACAUGAAGUGUUAAUACCACUUUAUAAUGCCUUGGUAAGGCCACACUUGGAAUACCACAUCCAGUUUUGGUCGCCACAAUGUAAAAAAGAUGUGGAGACUCUAGAAAGAGUGCAGAGAAGAGCAACAAAGAUGAUUAGGGGACUGGAGGCUAAAACAUGAAGAAUGGUUGCAGGAACUGGAUAUGUCUAGUUUAGUGGAAAGAAGGACUAGGGGAGACAUGAUAGCAGUGCUCCAAUAUCUCAGGGGCUGCCACAAAGAACAGGGAGUCAAGCUAUUCUCCAAAGCACCUGAGGGCAGGACAAGAAGUAAUGGGUGGAAACGAAUCAAGGAGAGAAGCAACUUAGAAGUAAGGAGAAAUUUUCUGACAGAACAAUUAAUCAGUGGAACAACUUGCCUGCAGAAUAGAAUAGAAUAGAAUAGAAUUUUAUUGGCCAAGUGUGAUUGGACACACAAGGAAUUUGUCUUGGUGCAUAUGCUCUCAGUGUAUGCUGAGUUGCGAAUGCUCCAACACUGGAAGUUUUUAAGAAGAUAUUGGAUAACCAUUUGUCUGAAGUGGUGUAGGGUUUCCUGCCUAAGCAGUGGCUUGGACUAGAAGACCUCCAAGGUCCCUUCCAACUCUGUUAUUCUAUUCUAUUCUAUUCUAUUCUAUUCUAUUCUAUUUUAUAAGUGCUACUGCUAUUGCUAUUAUAUUGCUUAAACGUACCAUAAAUCCAUUCUGUUCUACUGUAUUUUAGGCAACUAAUAUGAUCAUAUACAAUUUGCUGUGCAACUAUGUCUGGAAAAUUUUAUAGCUUGUAUAUGCUUAGAUUGGGAACAUUCUAGUUUCCUUCUUUUUUUUCCCCCUACCCAGACAAGAAGGAAAUUCUGAACAUAUUCAGAAUGGUAUUAGCUGGACUUUAUAAACUUAAUUUUGUGAAUAAGUUAGCAAUCUGAUUUGAUCAAGUUCUUUCUAGAAUGUUCCUACAGAGUUGCCAAAUAGAAUCUCUGCUGCAUGCUCAGCUGCAAUUAAGUAUAUGUCCCUGUUUUACACAGAAUCAGGAAUGCACACAUGUACACCUAUACCCACCAAAGCCCUCAUUGGCAAAGUUUUCUAUCAUGUCCAGGUACAAAUAAAGGAGCUCAGAGGACUUUUAUAAUCAAAGUUUGACAAUCCUAAUUUCAUCGAGUUGGCUCAGAUCAAGUUAGUAACAUGUUGAGUUAGGUGAAAUUAGUGUGUGUGUGUCUGUGUGUUUUUCAAUGAUUAUUGAUUCAGGUCAACUGCCUGGACUGUCCGUGCAGUUUUCUUGGCAAAGUUUCUGAAGUGGUUUGGCUUUGCCCCCUUCCUAGGAGAGAUUGUCCCAUGAUCUUCCAGCUGGCUUUGUGCCUAAGGUGGGACUAAAACUCAUGGUCUCCUGGCUUCUAGCCCAGUGCCUUAACAACUAUACCUAACUGCCUAUCUUUAGACCUUAUUUAGACCUUAUUUUAGAAUUACAUUGGUCUUAGUGGGUCAACUAAUACAGUCAUUUGUAUAAAUUUUAGCCCUAAUUUCUACUGGAGUUUAAAUAUGUCAGCAAUAUUUAAUCUAAUAAAUUGGCCAAUUUAGGUGGCCUGAAAUUGUGCAUUCCUAUACAAUUAUGCAAUUGAUACAAUGUUUUUAGAUAAAACAGCAUAGUCCUCUAUAAAACUAAAGUGGAAGUUCAGAUACUAAUAUAGACUUCAUUAUAGGAAUCUAUAUUAUUCCAACCCAACCAAUUGAUAAGCUUGUAGAUUUGACAUACUUUAGGUUAAAAGCCAAGGUUUGGAGCUUUUUACUUUAUUUUUCCUUUUAUUUUUGAUAUGCUGUAUAUCUUACUGUAUUUGGGUAUUGUAAUUAUUUUAUUUGUAUUAGAACUUUCAUUCAUUUUUAUAGAAAGAUGGCUAAUUCAUGAGUUCAGCAUCUCAAAACAAGUGAUAAUUACAAUAUUAGUCCGUAGCAUUUUAAUAUAAAGCCGUGAUUUAUCCAUUAGAAUAUAUGGUAUUCUAAUUCUGCUAUAUACUUGGUCCUCUAUUUAUGACCACAAUUGAGCCCAAGAUUUAUGUUGCUAAGCAAGACAUUUGUUAAGUGAGUUUGGCUCCAUUUAACAACCUUUCUUGCCAGUUAAGCAAACCAUUGCAGCUGUUAAGUUAGUAACACCGUUGUUAAGUGAAUCUGGCUUCCCUAUUGACCUUGCUUAUCAGAAGGUCACAAAAGGUGAUUACAUAUCCACAGGACAAUACAAUUGUCAUAAAUGUGAAUCAGUUGCCAAGAAUCCAAAUUUUGAUUACGUAACCAUGGAGAUCUUGCAACAGUUGUGCGAAAAACAGUCAUAAGUCACUUUUUUCAGUACCAUUGUAACUUUGAAUGGUCGCUAAAUGAACUAUUGCAAGUCGAUGACUGUAUAAGAGACGUAUCUUACCGUUGGUUUGACUCAAAUGAGUUAGAUCACAUUAAUGCUAUUUAAAAUAUUCUACAUCUGUAAAUAAUGAACAUUCUGUUUAUAUAGCAGAGAUGUUAAUUGUGUCAUUUCUAUGAAAUGUAAUUUAUAUAUUUAAAAUAAACUAUUUCUGAAUGUACAGUGAAUUCAUUUUUGUUUAAAUGCAUCUCGAUCAGAGGUCAGUUCUGUAUAGUAGGAUUCAAAGGGAUAGUUUCAAUACAGCAGUGGGAAGAACUAUGAAACAAGUUUAUAAAAUGCAUGCCAAGCUAUGAUUUGAAAGACAACUGCUGUAAAUAUUUUACAGAUAGUAUACAUCAAUAAUUGCCAAAGUACAUAAAUCAUAAGGUAAUAAAUGUGGGAAAUGCUACAGAAAAGAAACAUAUCUAGUGGACAUGCCCCCCUCAAAAAAGUACCGGAAAUAUAUAUAUAGCUACCCAGAAAAUUUUGGGGAUGAAAUUUAAAGUGGAACCACUAUUUUUUUUAUUAGGUAUAAUUCCAGAACAUAUCAAAAAGUCAUACCAUAAUUUAUUAAGAUACUUGUUUAUGAUUUUGAGGAUUAACUUUGCAAAGGAAGGGGGAAGUCAGAAAUUAAAUACCUUUAUUAUUUUUAGGGAUGUUUUAUUAUUAGUUUAAAUAUUUAUAAAUAAUAAUAUAGUGGAGCUUUUGACAUUAAAUACAAACAUUCAUACUUUUUGCUAUUGUAAACAUAAAAUAUAUUGGUGGGCGUGGCUUGGUGGUCAGAUGACUGGGUGGGCGUGGCCAAUAGCAAUAAAUAAUAAAAAUAAUAAACAAAGUACACAAAACAAUAAGAGGUACCAAAAACCAACUUUCACACUUUAAACACACACAACACAACUGACUCACACACAAUGUAAAAGCAGCUGCACUUCACCCAAAAUGGCUCCUGCAACAAGCAGGAACCUCACACAAAAAGCCUAAAAACCAACGUUCACACUUUAUGCAUACACAACACAACACAACACAACUGACUCACACACAUACACACACUUAAAAUGCCACAUACAGCUUUGUGAGAUUUUGUGUGUUUGUAUAGUUAGAGUGAAACACUACAGAAUAUACCAAAUCUCAGAAAGCUGCACAAAUAUUUUAUUUUAUUAUUUUAUUUUAUUUUAUAUUUUUAGAUAAAAGCAGCUAAAUUUAAAACUUCCUUAACUUUAAACCUACCUUAACUUUAGAUUGCUAUGUCUAAAAAAAAUAAAACUAAAAAAAACCCCAAUUAACUAUUUUUUUAAAGCUCCUCCCCUUACUUACCCAAUUCAAGGGAAAAGGCAGGCAGAUUGAGUUGCUCACUGAUGAGAUGGAUUGCAGGAAGGCAGAUUCAGUUGCUAGCUGAUGCAAUUGAUUGCAGCAGCCAAAGCAAGGCCAGAAUAGAGAGCGAGACCGAAAGAAGCAGGAAGCUGCCAAGUAGGCAAGUGGGGACUGGGCGAUUGGGUGGGCAUGGGUAGGGGGGGGCAGGGAUUUUUGCUACCGGUUCUCCAAACUACCUGCCCCCAUCGCUAUCUGAUCGCACAAUCUGGUCCAAACCAGGAGCAUUUCACCCCUGCUAUAUGUCUAUGUCAUCGUCUUCAAACUCAAUGGCCCAGUGGCUAGCCAUCUAUGCACCACCUAGAGUGAAAAAUAUCACUCCGUUUAAUAGCAAUAUAAAAUACAUCAAACUUUGAAUAAAGUCUUUUCCAUGGGAGGAACCAUGGACAAUUGCCAUGGGUGUCAUUAUCACUGUAAAAAAUAUGAUUAGAGUAUUAAGAUUUUUGCAUUACUUAGGCAAAAUGUCUAACUGUCAGAGUAGCUUUGAUUUUAUCUUGUCAUGCUUGGUAAAAUCUUAGAAAGCAUAACUGCUAAACAAUUUCUAGUAGCUUCAGUUGUUGUUCAUUUUGUUUCUCUUACCAGCCAAAGUGGAAUUAAGCUGGACAGAACAGAGCUGAGCUUACUUAAUUUGAGUACUUGUGUUAGAAUUUAACUUUUCUUUGCAAGCAUAUUAAGAUUUUUUUAAAAAAGUUGAAUCAUAGAAACAUAGUAUGAGUAGAGUAAAGAGUGAUGAACAGUUUUUCCCAUCUUAGCAAUACAAUAUGCCUUUCACUUGAUCAGGCUUUAUUAAGGUAAUACAAGUUGAGUGACCAGCCCUUGAAUUCUUUGUAGAUUUCUAGUCUGCCUAUUACAUAUUCAUAAAGAAGUCAAGGCUUUGAGAAUAAAUCAUACCCUUUGUCCUACAUGGCAGGAUUCCAAUAAAGCAAAUCUGUAUUUGCAGAAUGUGUACACGGUCACUAUCAUUAUAUACUUAACAUAUAGGUGUUACAUAUUAAAGAAUUUCAGAGCUUUAGCCGAAGCAGACACACCCUCCUAUAAGCCUUCUCUAUCCUAAGAUUUACCAGGUGAUUUAUACUAUAAUAAGUCUUGAGAUUCCAGUCAACAUUAGCUAUUGAUUAUUCUUCUUGAAAAUAUCUUUGGUGAAAAUACCACUUUACCAUCCAUGCUUAUCACGACAGUAUUGCUUCUUGAUUACCUACCAACCACUGCCUCAUCUCCUAUUCAGAGUUCUCACUCUUCACGACCUGUUAGAUCAAUCGAAAUUAUCACAAUUUCAUAUGAUGCUGAAACCCAGAUUCCAAUACUUUGUUUGUCUGUUGAGGUUAAUAUACCAGAAUUUUUGUUACACCCAUGUAAACUAUGUCAAUAUUUAACCUCAAAUAUACUUUCAGUUCAAGCACUUAGAGUUGCUCAGUUUCAUUUUGAUAUUUAUUAAAUUAUAACCUAUUUUCUGUCUAUUGUACAUUCAAGGAAGCAGCCAAAUUGACUGGUUAUUAUUGGUUUUGGGUUACAACAUACUGCAUCCAAAUGCGAAUAGCAGAUUGUUAAUGCAAAAAAAUAAUAAUAAUCAUAAGACCUCAUAAUAUGAAAUUGUUCUGAGGAGCAUUUAGACGGAAUUCAUAUAAAUGCAAAUAUAAAAGAAUGCUGCAAAGAUGCAGUAUUCAAAUGAGUAUUUGAUUGCAGUAUUCAAAUUCACUGCAAAGAUGCAGUCAAAGCAUCAAAGGACUACUGAUCCUUUGGUUACUUUAUGAUGUCUGGACUCCCUCACCCUCUGCAUGGCAAAUUGUUAUCUCUUUGCUAUUUCAGAGUCUUAUCAGGAAAAUUAGAUACAGAUAUGUUUACUUUGGCCUUUGCCCGGAGACAAGAAAUAUAAUCUCCAAACGGCCUUGUUAGUUUGUGAUAGCAAAGAUUUUCAGGAUUACUGAGGACCAAAGGGCUUGUGACUAUUUUUUAAAAUAACUAUAGAAGCAUUGACAGUGGCCAAUAUGAGGGUUGAUCAAGAUUAUUAUACAUGAGCUGCUCUGCCCUCCAGAGAAAGAAAAAUACCACUUACUUUUUGGACUUACUUUAUGGAUUUCAAGUAUACUCAAGUAUAAUCCCCAACCUACAACCACAAUGGAGUCCAAAAUUUAUGUUGCUAAGUAAGAAAUUUGUUAAGUGAGUUUUGCCCCAUUUUAUGACUUUUUUUUGCCACAUCUGUUAAAUGAAUCACUUCAGUCGUUAAAUUAGUAACCUGUUUGUUAAGUGAAUCUGGCUUCCCCAUUGACUUUGCUUGUCAGAAUAUCACAAAAGGGGAUCACAUGACCCCGGGGACACUGCGACCAGUUGUCAAUCAUCUAAAUGUAAAUUACGUGACCAUCGGAAUGCUGCAAUGGUCAUAAGUGUGAAAAACACUCAUGUCACUUUUUUCACUGCUGUUGUAACUUUGAACCAUCACUGAACAAACUUGUAAGUUGAGGACUAUCUGUAUUGAGUCUUAGUCCAGAACACUACAUUUUGCAAUAUUCGGUCCCCCUAAUUAUUGUACAAUGUAUUCACCCAGAAGAUUGUAACCAGACAAUGAAGGCUCAGUGUAACUUUCAGGAAGGCAACCCCCCUCUAAUCUUUUCACAGAAGACAAUCCAAAAUUAUUCAUUCACGUUAUAGAAAGUUUUGAUAAUGGAGCAAGGUAGCCAGGGAGCAAUUCUUCACUACUUAAAGAAAACAUCUCUUUUGGGGCUAGCAACAUUGUAUAAAAUGUGCAUAAAGGGAAUAAGAAAUAAGAUAACAAAAUUUAUUAGCCUGAGGUGUAAAAGAAAACAUAUCUAUAUCUCAUUUACACCAGUACCAGUUGCUUUAUCUUCCCAUAAUUUUAUGUCUUUGCAAAACAUCUCUACUACAGCCCUUACAGCCCAACCCCUAUAUUAUAUUUUGUUCUUUUGUUCAUAUAAUACUAAUUAUAGGUAUUUUAUCCCUAUAUAUGUCAGUUAACAUUAGUUCUAGAGUAGGGGUGUCAAAUUGGUGGCCCACAGGCCAGAUGCAUCACAUGCAGGCCACGCCCACCCCAGCUCCACAAAGGGG